UACUGAUUGGCUUUUUACCUUUGGCGCAUGUAUUUGAGCUUUUGGCAGAAAGUGUUUGCCUUAUGACUGGCGUACCAAUUGGUUAUUCCACACCAUUAACAUUAAUUGAUACAAGUAGUAAAAUUAUGCGUGGUAGUAAAGGAGAUGCCACCGUUUUGAAACCGACUUGCAUGACUUCAGUACCACUCAUUUUAGAUCGGAUAUCAAAAGGCAUUAACGAUAAAAUUAACUCUGGCUCAGCAUUCAAAAAGGCAUUGUUCAGAUUUCUGUAUCAGUACAAAUUAAAUUGGACUCAAAAAGGUUAUCUUACACCUUUAGUAGACAGGCUAGUUUUUCAUAAAGUAUCAAAAUUGCUUGGUGGUCGCGUACGUAUUAUUAUGUCUGGAGGAGCUCCAUUAUCACCGGAUACACAUGAGCAAAUUAAAAUAUGUUUGUGUGUAGAUUUAGUACAAGGCUAUGGUUUAACUGAAACGACAUCAGGAGCAACUGUUAUGGAUUAUCGUGAUAUGACAUACGGACGCACAGGUGCACCUUUGACAGUAUGUGAUAUAC